GAAAAAAUAAGGAGAUAUCAACAGACUGAAAAGAUGUUUUCAGAAGCAUAGAGUCUUCAGAAAGAUACUGGAGUUCAUGAGAUCUCAAGGUACAUGUGACAGCGCUGCAGCUAUGAGCGGAAUUUUAAAGAGGAAGUUUGAAGAAGUUGACGGCUCCUCACCCUGCUCUUCUGUUCGGGAAUCAGAUGAUGAAGUUUCCAGCAGUGAAAGUGCUGACAGUGGGGACAGUGUCAAUCCAUCCACCUCGAAUCAUUUUCCCCCUUCCUCCAUCCUCAAAAGAGAGAAACGACUAAGGACAAAGAAUGUGCAUUUUAGUUGUGUCACCGUGUACUACUUCACCAGGAGGCAAGGCUUCACGAGCGUGCCCAGUCAAGGGGGCAGCACCUUGGGCAUGUCCAGCCGCCAUAACAGCGUGCGCCAGUACACUCUUGGUGAAUUUGCAAGAGAACAAGAGAGGCUCCACCGGGAGAUGUUGAGAGAACACCUCAGGGAGGAAAAGCUGAACUCUUUAAAACUAAAGAUGACCAAGAAUGGCACAGUGGAAUCUGAAGAAGCUAGCACUCUUACCGUGGAUGACAUUUCUGAUGAUGAUAUUGAUUUAGACAACACAGAGGUAGACGAGUACUUCUUUCUACAACCCCUGCCGACGAAAAAAAGGAGAGCACUGCUGCGGGCCUCGGGGGUGAAAAAGAUUGAUGUGGAAGAAAAGCACGAACUGCGUGCCAUCCGCCUGUCGAGAGAGGACUGUGGCUGCGACUGCCGAGUAUUCUGUGAUCCAGAAACUUGUACCUGCAGCCUGGCAGGCAUUAAGUGUCAGGUGGAUCGAAUGUCUUUCCCAUGCGGCUGCACUAAAGAAGGAUGUAGUAACACAGCAGGUAGAAUUGAAUUUAAUCCGAUCCGUGUCCGGACUCACUUUUUGCACACGAUCAUGAAACUUGAACUGGAGAAAACCCGGGAGCAGCAGAUCCCCACGCUGAACGGCUGCCACGGCGACAUAAGCGCUCACAGUAGCUCCAUGGGCCCCGUGGCGCACUCGGUGGAAUAUUCCAUCGCGGACAAUUUCGAGAUUGAGACGGAGCCCCAGGCCGCCGUGCUGCACCUGCAGUCGGCCGAGGAGUUAGACUGCCAAGGGGAGGAGGAGGAGGAGGAGGAGGACGGCAGCAGCUUCUGCAGCGGGGUCACCGAUUCCAGCACGCAGAGCCUGGCGCCUAGUGAGUCGGAGGAGGAGGAGGAGGAGGACGACGACGACGACGACGAGAAGGGGGACAGCUUCGUGGAAGGUUUGGGCACCCAUGCGGAAGUCGUCCCGCUCCCUUCCGUCCUCUGUUACUCCGAUGGCUCGGCCGUCCACGAAGGGCACGCGAAAAAUGCUUCUUUUUAUGCCAACUCUUCAACUCUGUAUUACCAAAUCGAUAGCCCCCUUCCAGGAACGCCUCACCAGAUCUCCGAGAGCUAUUCGGAAAGAGACCCUGUGAAAACCGGUACCCUGUCGCUGGUGCCUUACACCAUGACCCCGGAGCAGUUUGUGGACUAUGCCCGGCACGCUGAAGAGGCCUACGGCGCCCCCCACUACCCGGCCGCCAACCCCUCCGUCAUCGUUUGCUGCUCCUCCGCAGAAAGUGACAGCGGUGUGCCCUGCAAUAGCUUAUAUUCCGAACCCAGGUCCAGUCAUCCUCAAGUGGAAUUUCACUCAUACUUGAAAGGCCCCUCCCAGGAAGGGUUUGUCUCCGCGUUGAAUGGCGACAGUCACAUUUCAGAGCACCCUGCGGAGAAUUCUUUGAGCCUGGCAGAAAAGAGCAGAUUGCACGAAGAGUGCAUCAAAUCACCCGUGGUUGAGACCGUCCCCGUGUAG